AUGUCGCGCCGCCUGUCAGCCAUCUUCACCGGCGUUCCACUAGAAGACAAGAAGAGUGCUGCCAGUUCGAGACAGCCUUCGCCCGACACUGCCCAAUCCAGAUCGCCGGGAAAGCUCUUCAAACAUGCGCCUGCUGGCAGCAACGCGCGAAGACCUUCGGCCCAGUUCCUCGCUCCAUCCCACGAGACCAGCCUGCCGAGUCUCCAAGACCUGCAGCAAGAUGUCACGAUCAACAGUUCCACUCCCGACCUGGCAUUGCUCCCACCGCCGAGUAUUAACUCGGGAUAUCACUCGCGAGCGAGCUCCCGAGAUCGAUCCAUGCCUGGGACUCCAAGAAGUAGGCCCAUGACGCCGAGUAUACAGCUGCCAGAUCAGUCGCCCAUUAUCCCGGGCUCUCCUGGAGGCGACCAUGCCGACAAGCUCAGGAAGAAGCACUGGUGGACCCGUGGGAAAGAGAAGGAUGAAGCAACUCGAGGCCCAGCUGCCUGGAUCGCGGGGCAUCCCCAGAAACUUCCGUAUGAUUUCGACGGGCUGAUGAACGGCCGUUCCAUGCAAGAAAUGUGGGACAAUAACGAUGGAAAUUGUUUGGUACACCUGUUCCCUCGAAACUCUGGCAAAGGUCCUUCGUUCAAGGUUGACUCUGCUGUCUUUGCCUCGUCGCCGGUCCUGACCAAGCUUGCUUUUGGCGACAUUUACAGCAACAAUGCUGUCGUUACUGGCGACCGUAAACAGAUGCCACUGGAGACUCGCACACAGCAGCUCUCCGUGAACGAGCCAGCCACUCCGCCAACGAGCCCUAAACGAAACAUGGGCACAACCAGCUCCACUUCCUCACGGGAUUCGCGUGGUAGAUAUUCAAACUUUUCAGAUGUCCAAGAGACAACCCUUUACCUACCUAUCAAAUUGAGCUCCGAGAGUGCGCAGACUCCCACUACGCCUACGUCGCCAAAGAAGAACGACAACGCGGCUUCGGAAGAUCUCCAAACUCUUGUAGACUACCGCAACUUCUUCGCCUUUCUUUCCGGCCAGUCAUUGAUCGCGACAGAACGAAGGAGCUCCUUCUUCGGCAUUUUCAUGACCAUUGCUGGGAUACUUAAGUCCUUCCAAUUCACAAACGUAGAUGGGUCUACGUAUGGCGAGGUCGCGGCUUCGAGCUUCGACAACUACGUUGAGGAGCUUGGCCUGGCAGAUGUGCGCUCAAGCCGUGAGAAGACCAUCGAAGGAAUCGUAUUGGGUGAGCGAAUGAAAAGCGUUCUGCUAUACAAUGAAGCUUUUACCCACGGCGUCGGAAAGCACGAGGAUUUGCUGGCGCUCAAGAGCCCAAAGUUCAGCAUGAUUUCACCCGUCACUCAAAACCGGCUCACACGCGCCGCUAUGGAUCUGGAAAAACGUGUCAGCUCUAUCCGACUGACCAUGACCGAGUUCGACUUCCCAUUCCUGUUCUCAGGCAUUAUGAGCUCGAAGACGUCGAUAGAGCGCAAAGAGGGUGUGCGAUUCGAUCAAUGGAAAGAGCACUUCCUCGGCAUGCGCAAGUUCGUCAUGGGCAUGUACAAGCAGCGUUAUGGUGAUUGGCCACCCAAGGCUAGCAGCAAGAAGAACACCCUCGAAACAUCGGGCCUCAAUCGACUGGUUUUGAGAGACGUUUAUCACGAUCUGUCAUCGCUUUACGAUCUCAUCGUUGACAGGAAUCAUCUUACCACACGGACUAUCGAUGGAAUCAACGAGGACGGCGGCAGAGACGAGCCUGUGGUCCGAGGAUUGAGAGCGAUCUUGUCAGAGUAUGACCGCUCGUCGCCUCCAGUAAAGCCUCCUGUGCCAUUCGAUCUGCCGAAAAUCCCAUCGCUCCACACCAUUCGGAAUGACUUUGGCAAGGGCGACGUAAAGAAGGACGCAAAGGCUACCAGCAAGAAACUCAAGGACGACGAAGUUCUUCAGCUUCUCCGUGUCAGCUGGAAUGGCGACGCUCCGGCUACACCUUUCGUCGACGCUUUCCGUGAGAUGGAAAAGCGUGCGGCACGAGGAUGUUCUAUCAAGGAAAUGGAAGAUCUUCGCAUCGGACAGUGGAUCUUCAUGUACGUUGUCCUACAAGCACUGCCAAUGCUUGCCUGCGAUGCGCCUGGUUUGAAGUGGACCAAGGCUGUCGAGUACUUCCUCUGCGAACCUCCUCGCUCCGGCGUUCCAUGGGCCGAUUCGAAUGCUUCAGCCAGUGCUGUCCGAAGGACCUGGUUUUCUGUUGGCGGGGCCGGCGGUGGAGUCGUCAGCCUCCCGUCCGACGUGAUCGAGCACGGUGUCGAAGGCAUUUACCGUCGUAGCCACUGCUGGGUCAUGGCAGAGAAGUGGGCCGCCAGCAAUCCCAUUCUCAGCGAAGCGCUGCAACUUCAACAGAGCGGCGGAGGCGCCGGUAUGGACGAUCCUCUCCCUGCACCGCCUUCUGGAAAGGACCUACUUCGCCCGGAUAGCAGGAGCAGCGACCACAGCCGUCGCAGCAAACGCUAUUCUUCCCUCGCAAUCGGUCUCGAAGCUCUCCCAUUACCCCAAGGCGUCACUCCAGACGGAAGCAUGCCGAGCUCCGCGGAGAGACCUCGUACUCCGAAGCACUCUGUCGACACGAGCAAGACGUUUGAUUCCAUCCUCGGAGGAGUCGACACGGGCGUUGCUAAAGGCAAGAAAAAGAAAUAA